AUGAUUGCCGAGGAAGUGAAUCUUGCAGUGCCUACAAAACGUAGAGCCAACCCAAAAGCUGUGUCUGAAGAGUUCGCGGUUGGCGAGCUGGGAGUUGAUACCCAGAGCAGCGACAGCGACCCCGCUUCCAAGCGAGGAGAAUAUUUCCACCGCACCUCUUGGCUUCACUUUGGCACACAGGGCACACAUUCAAGCAGCAAACCCCGAAUCAGCGGCUCUGCCCCGAAUGAGAGGAAAUAUUCCCCCUUCCGACGCUGGGUGGGGGUGUUGGCCGCGGACCGGCGCGUCCCUCGGUCCGCCCCGGCUUUGCAGGCACAGGGAGACAAAAAAACCGUGGGAGCUGCUCGGGAAGGAGUCGGAGUACUCGGGAGCUUCCAGAUUCCCUCACCCCAGGAUUGCUGGCAAACACCGCUCCGCUCCGGACGCUAUUUAAAAAUGCUGGGAGCCGCGGAGGACGGCGGAUGGCUUUUUGGGAGAGUGAUGGAGUGUGGGAGACGGAGCAGAGACAGCAAGAGGCAAGUGAUCUUGUUUAUUCUGUGCUUUUGCGUGUGUCAGAGCGGGGCUGAGACCCUCCGCUACUCUCUGCCGGAGGAAAUGGAGAGAGACUCCUUUGUCGCCAAUAUUGCAAAGGACCUGGGGGUUCCUGUGAGCCAGCUCGCGGCUCGCAAGGCCCGCGUUGUGUCUGAGGGGAGCGAGCAGCUUUUCCGUCUCGAUCAAAAUACCGGAGUCCUGACGGCAAAGGAGUCGCUGGACCGAGAGGAGAUCUGUCCGCAGAGAGAGACCUGCACGCUCGUCUUUAAGAUAUUCUUUGAAAAUCCGCUGCAGCUGAUCCGAGGGGAGGUGGAGAUUCGUGACGUAAACGACAACUCCCCCGUGUUCCCGGAGAAGGAGAUGGUUUUAAAGAUUCUAGAAACAGCAUCUCCCGGGUCCCGUUUCCCCCUGGAAAGUGCCCAGGAUAAGGACGUGGGCAGUAACGGCUUGCAGAACUACAGCCUCGGGUCCAAUCCUCAUUUCUCCCUCGCUAUUGGAACAGGGAAAGACGGAGUAAAAUAUGUGGAGCUCGUCCUACAGCGCCAGCUCGAUCGUGAAGAGCAGGGGGAGCUGAAUUUACUUCUCACCGCUAUCGACGGGGGCUCGCCACCCCGGUCGGGCACGGCUCUGGUCCGGAUCGUGGUGCUGGAUGCCAAUGACAACAUCCCUGCCUUCGAUCGAGAGGUCUAUGAGGUGCGCCUGGCUGAGAACAGCCCCUUGGAGCAGCUGGUGGUCAGAGUCGCGGCCGCAGAUCCCGACGAAGGAUCCUAUGGAAAAGUGCGGUACUCCUUCACCCAGACACCGGAGCGAUCCCGGGAACUCUUCCAUCUGAACCCGGCCACCGGGGAGAUACGAGUCGCGGGCAACCUGGAUUUCGAGGAAGCGAAAACCCACAAGAUGGUGGUAAAAGCCACUGACGGCGGGGGGCUUUCUGCGUACUGCAAAGUGCACGUAGAAGUCCUGGACGUGAAUGACAAUGCCCCGGAGAUAGCGCUGACCUCUCUCACCGCCUCCAUUCCCGAGGACGCCCCGCCACGCACCGUGGUGGCUCUGUUCAGUGUGCGGGACCGGGACUCCGGGGACAACGGCAGGACAGAGUGUUCGAUCGAAGGGGACUUGCCAUUCAGCCUCACCCCCACUUUUGAUAAUUAUUACGAACUGAGAACAAACGCGGCCCUGGACAGGGAGAGCACGGCACAGUAUAACAUCACCAUCACAGCCACGGACUGGGGCAGGGCGCGGCUGAGCUCUCGGGAAAACAUCUUCGUGCAGAUAUCGGAUGUGAACGACAAUCCCCCAGAGUUCACGCAGGAGAUUUACACCAUGUCGGUCACGGAGAACAACAGCCCCAUGCUCCGGAUCGGCAGCAUGAACGCCACGGACGCCGACGCAGGAAAAAACGCCCGCGUAAACUACGCGCUGGUGCGGCAGGAGGGCAAGGAGCAGCCCGAGGUGUCAGUCAACGCUGAAAACGGGGAUGUUUAUAUCCUCCGCCCGCUGGACUACGAGAAGGUGCGUGCCUUUGAGGUGUCAGUGCUCGCCACUGACAGCGGUUCGCCGCCGCUCAGCGCCCAGGCGCUGCUCCGCGUCAUGGUGCGGGACGAGAACGAUAACGCGCCCGUGGUGCUGCACCCGGCCCCCGACAGCAGCGCGGCGGGAGAGCUGGUGCCGCGCUGGGCACCCUCGGGCUACCUGGUGGCCAAAGUGGUGGCGAGCAGUGCGGGCUCCCUGCCCCGCAGCUACCUGUACGAUGUCUGCUUCGCCGCCGGGACCGUCAACAGCGAGUUUCGGUUCCUCAGACCCCUCUUCCCCUGCUUCCCCGCCGGGCUGCCUCCCGGCCCGGGCGAACAGCGGAGCUCAGUGUGCUCGCAAGAUGUGGCAAACCUCGGGGAGGAAGGCGACUGGGCUGCACAGGGCAGAGCCCCCCUCUCUGAAGACACAGGACCCGGAGCUGCAGAAGCAGCUUGCACUGCAAACGGGGGGUUGGGGUUAAAUGUCACUUCUGAUCAAACCCCUUGGCUCAGCCAUCAGUAAAUGAAGAGAGACAAGUAUGUCUGUCCUCCCAGGGAAAAGAGAACGAAGAGACCAAACACCUCCCUAAAAGGUACCAGGGAGAUGAAGGCUUCUCUGUGAGAGAGCAGAAACACUCCCCUCUUGAGCAGUAUUUUAUUUACAUAGCUAUUUUGUAAUUGUGAUGCCAAUGGAGGAGGAGAACUGUGUUGCAUGCUGAUUACACAAUAAUGUAUGAUUGUGAAAGUGCUAUUGCUUCUACAUGUUAAGGGAAAUACUGAAAACUGCAGCAGAUCUUCAGC